GGGGGGGGGGGGGCUAAUAAAACUCUAGAGAUGGGAAGGCUAGAGUCCUUCCCCACUAGGACCCACCACUACUCCUGCAGCGGCAAGAUUAUUUUUUUCCCAGUCUCUCAGUUCCCCUGAGGCAGAGAGGUCAAACAAGCUGUUUGGGUGGGAAAAGAGAAUGGAGGAAGUUGACAGAGAUGGGCGGGGCCGUGGGGGGGGCUGACCAGGAACCCAGCUUCCUGCUCAGUACCCAGGCAUCCAGCCCCCAGCUCACCCCCACCCCUUCCAGCCCCCUACUCCUCUCAGGAACCCUAAGUUCUAACCCUCCUCUCAAAUCCCAGCCACCCCUCCCCCCCUCAGCUUCUCCCCACCAGGGGAUGGAGGACAAGAGACCCCAGGAAGAACCUCAGGAAGAAGAGGCUGGUGAACAGGGACACCCGCAGGAUGAACAGAGGGGCUGGGCCACUCUGAAUUCUACCACUCGGCCUUGGCGAUCUGCUCCUCCAUCCCCUCCUCUCCGAGGGACCCACCUUGCAGCCCUGGGCCCCCGCUCGGCCUCCCUGCUGUCUCUGCAGACAGAGCUUCUUCUGGACCUGGUGGCUGAGGCCCAGUCCCGCCGCUUAGAGGAGCAGAGAGCCAACUUCCACACUCCCCAGAGCCCCCAAAGCCUAGCUCCAGCCCCACCCCGGCCUCUUGAGGACAAAGAACAGCUCUAUAGUACCAUCCUCAGUCACCAGUGCCAGCGGAUGGAAGCCCAGCGAUCAGAGCCUCCCCUACCCCCAGGGGGACAGGAACUCCUGGAGUUGCUGCUGAGAGUUCAGGGUGGAGGUCGAAUGGAGGAGCAAAGAUCCAGACCCCCCCCACACAGCUGCUGAGAUUUGAGCCUGUAUCAGCCCCUUUUUGCCACUUAGGGCUCAAAAGCUGGGCUGCCCACUGCAUGCCCUCAACCCUGCCUGGCAGGACUAUCUAAGACUGAAGACCCAGCAGAAAUUGCAUUAGUCGUGACCCUCAGCACCUUCCCAGGGAGCUGGAGUGGGUGAAAGUGCUCAAACGCUAGGAAUAGGUAAGGUAGAACAAUCAUUUAACUCCUUCCUCUAGACACUGGAGCUUAAAGGAAAGAAGAGGCCCCCAGCCAGGGGAGCUCUGGGAAUGGCUGUGACUCUCUGAUCCUGAGCUAUCAGUUCCAGGCCAGGGUGUGAGGGAUCAGGCUCCUGGGAAGCAAAGGCUACCUACCCUCCUUCCCAGCAAGAAGAAAUCGAGUAGGCAAAAUAGAGAGUAGACACCGGGAAGGGAGAUUUAAGACAAGCCCUGCCACCAGCACACACCACCAGCCCCAAGGCUGAGGGUCCUAGAGGUUUUGAAUGGACCUUUAGCCCUUCCCACCCUUCCUCCCCAAAGCUGCUCAGAUUCAGAUUGUUUCGUAUGUAUGAAUAAAUGUGUUUCCCCUCUGA